AUGGCGUCGGUCGGGCUGCAGUGCAAGACGCAGUGCCAGGGCGAGUUCCCGGCUGACGACGGUGCGAUGAUGUGCGGGCGCAACCCUGGCGUGCUCGCAGAGGCUGUCAUGAACAUGGUCAUCGGCGUCGCCACUGGCGCCAUCAAUUCUGGCCUGCUCAUCGCUUCGAUGGCGAAGGACGGGGUUGAUACGGACUCUCUCGUCAACACCAUCCAGGCUUUCGUGAACAUGGGCAAGCCUUUCGCGUACCAGACCUGUCCGCUGCCGGGAUCAGCGCUCGCCGUCGGGCUGUCUCCCCUGCCAAUCCCGUACGCUGCAGAGUUCACUGCCCCCGCCGUAGCGGCCGCGACGGUCCAGAAGACGUGGGAGACCGCGCCGCCGCGCGCCGCGCCCGGCCUCGGGCACGAGAGGUCCGGGGACCUCACUACUGGGAAGCCCGUCGACGUCGAGGAGGAGAUUCAAGCGCUCGUGUCGAAGGCAAGGAGCCGCCUGGACAGCGUGAAGGCAAUGAUGGAGGAAAACCAGGCGCGGUUGAAGAGCUGUGGAAAGGGCUUCAAGGAGCUGAAGAGGCAGCAGCACCACGCCGCCCGGGAGCAGCAGAGUGCCAUCGGGGCGCUGCAGAGCGGCCUGCAGAGCUGA